GGAGUCAAUAUAUAAAGACAAUUCUGGUAAAAAGUAUAAGAUUCCCGAGUCUUGCAUUUGGACAAUGAAACAGUGUUGGGCUGAGACUCCCGAAGAAAGGCCCGACUUUAAGACAAUCCGAAAUCGCUUGAGACCAAUGAGAAAAGGGCUUAAAAAUAAUAUAUUGGAUAAUAUGCUGGAUAUGAUGGAGAGAUACACGACUAACUUAGAGGCAACCGUUGAUGAAAGGACUGAACAAUUGGUUCAGGAAAAGAAGAAAACCGAUGCCUUACUCUAUAAGAUGUUACCGACUUCUGUGGCCGAUUCCCUCCGCAGAGGACAGUCUGUUGAGGCGGAAUCUUUCGAUGCCGUCACUGUCUUCUUCAGUGACAUCGUUGGCUUCACUAAACUGUCGUCUCAAAGCACUCCUCUUCAGGGUUGUUUCUGGUCUUCCCAUNUUCCCAUUAGGAAUGAAGACAGACACGCAUCAGAGAUCGCUUCUAUGGCUCUCAACCUAUUGGAUGAGAUCAAGAAUUUUAAGAUAAGACAUAUGCCUAACGAAAAGUUUAUGAUGAGAAUUGGCAUUCAUUCCGGACCCGUCUGUGCGGGAGUUGUGGGCAUAAAAAUGCCCCGAUAUUGCCUUUUUGGUGAUACAGUGAACACUGCAUCCAGACUUGAAUCGACCAGCGAACCGCUGAAAAUUCACUGCUCGGAACAAUUCAAGGAAAUAUUGGACCGUUUGGGCGGUUAUCUGCUCUUUGAAAGGGGAAUCGUAUCACUGAAAGGGAAGUGCGAACCCAUGAGAACCUAUUGGUUGGUCGGAGAGAGUGAACAGAGAAAGACGCGACGAAAAUAUAUAACACAUUCCGAUCGCAACCGGAAUUCAUUGACAGAAAUAUUAUUUUCGCAAAAAUUAAAAUCUAGUCAAACGCCAGAACUGAAG